CAUUAUAGUAUUAUAAUGAGGACGCAGGGGGAUGGAGUGGAGUCUCUGUCUCUGCCUACUACUUAGCUGACUGCCUCAUUGAUGAGUAUCGGCGCCAACAGCCAGCGAUCACAAAGCUCAUGCAGGGCACUUUCGGACAGGUCGUGCGCUCUGACCACACCCGGAAAGUGGCACGUAAAGUGAUCCUGUCAUCAGGCACCAUGUCCAGUUAUGCCAUCAUGAACAAGAACUGGAUGAUCGCCUCCUGGGUCUUGGUGCAAUCAAAAACAGAGAAAUCGCUUACGCCUAUGUACCAGGGGUUAGCGAAGAGGUACGAUGAUGCUGGGGUGGAAAAGGCCAAGUACCACUGGGUAGACAGGGACUGCUGUGCGCCAUUCAGAAUCCCUGACCUUCAACACGGAGAGUGCCUUAACUGGGAUGCCUGGAAGACGACAGAGUCCAUCGUUGUCGAGGCCACAGUUGGUGCUCUGGAGAACACUUGUGCGUCUUGUACAGACUACAACCGCAACAUUGUGGUCAAGUUGGACCUGUUCCGCUGUAUGAGGCGCUUUACUUGGGAGUGCACUUCAGAGCAUCAUUCCCUCUACAGCACCUUCUGCCAACUCCUCUCCUCUGCCUUCUCUGUCGUGGAUCAGGAGGACCUACUGAAACUGACAAGUGCUUACCAGUUCUGUGGAAUUCAACCGCCAAAUCCCACAAAACAGCAUAUCAGAGAACACUGUAGAACCCUGAUCCCAGCGCCAGCAGAACUAGUCAACAGAGUGGAGAAAGUUCUUCGACAUUUCCACCUGACCACAGACCCAAACAAUGUACCUCUCUUCAAACAUACCAUGCUGAAGACUUGGCGUAUCCAGAGGGUGCACAUUCUGCGUGGGUGCCUGAGUGACCCCCAGCUCCCUGGGGAACCCUGUACAGGUAUGGGGGGACUCUGCAGCUGAACCACGUCCCUGGUGACGGUGCGAAAGUCCCCAUCUGGAUUCCUGUCAGGGGGACACAGCAGGAGGGUUACCAUUUCCAUCAGUCCCAGUGGAUUACUGGGACUCAUGUGUCCUGUGAACUGUUCCAGGCUCAGGGCAUGACAGGGGUGGCAAGAUGGAACUACAAGCGGCUACUGGACCUGAAGCAGCCAGAUGUGAUCCUCCCGCCUGUUUUUGAUCUGUUGCUCAUAAUGGAGCUGAACUCUGCUUCAAAGAGAGUGACAGGAAAGGAGAAGUACCCUCUACUUUGCCUCUCUGAUAGGUACACAGGAGAGAGAUUUGGACUCGAGUACAUUGAGCCAGAGUGCCGCCCAGUUCCCCUAGACUGAAACAAACACAGGUCAAAAGGGAAGGAUGAUGUACCGGUUCCAGUGCCUCCACCCCCUGGCCCGACACCAUCUGUAAACCUGGCCCCAUCCACUCCUGCACCUGUGGCCCAGCCACCCCAGCUUCACCCUGCUGGGAGCCGUAAUGUACAGCUGAUGUCCCAAGGAAGCAUGGAACAUCCAGCUAUAAUGGAAACUUCACCUCUGCCACUGAGGUCCUCCCCACAGAGUGCCCGCACCGGACCGAUUAAGACAGGUGGAAGAGUCUUUGUCUUGGACCACAAGCGCUGGCCGUCACCAAUGAAGGCAGCUAUAGACAGCCUCCUAAACACCUACCAUGGGCAGAAAGAGAUGGUAAAACUUGUGGACAAGGACUAUGCUGCCAUGGUCCAUCAAUCUGCCUCUGACCCAAAUAGCCACCUGAAAAGCCAUUGACAGAGGACAAAAUACAGCAAAUGCUACAGGACAUUCAGCAACAGCUACAGCGGCAGGAGCAGC